AUGACCUUCUUGGUGCUGCCGUCGUGGUCCGCCGUGCGGCUCCUGCUGCUCCUUUUGCCGUUGGCGGUGGGGUUUUGCGCGCACACUGUGCGCGCUGCUGCUCCCGCUCCUCCAGGACAGGGAGCUGCAGGAGAUGGGUGCCGGGAGGGAUGCGCGGGGAUAGGCGCGGGGAGAGGGAGCGGGGGAUGGGAGGGAACGGAAAUGGUUGCGUCGCAGUUGGCUCAGGUGAAGGAGAUUUUCGACCACGAUGGUCGCUUGCAGUCGUGGGACGCCCAACGAGACUGCUCCACGUGGCAGUUCGUGGCGUGCAACGCGCAGGGCCACGUGAUCGCGAUCUCGCUGCGGGACUUCAAGGCGAACGUGACGGCGCUGCCCGACGGCCUCUCGUCGCUGCAAUACCUCACCUACCUCAAUCUGGCGAACAACUACUUCCGCGGCUCCUUCCCGUCCGUGCUCACUCUCCUCACCAACCUGCAGAUGCUCGAUCUGAGCGCGGCGCCGCUAGGGUUCGGCGCAUGGGGCGUGACGGGGUCGCUUCCCGACGGCAUCUCCGUGCUCUCGCGCCUCACUGCGCUGUCGCUGGCGUACAACCGCCUGUCGGGGUUGCUGCCCAACGCCAUCGCUUCUCUCGUCAACCUGCGCAGCCUCAAUCUGUCGUUCAACUACUUCUCCGGCUCCCUGCCGGCGGCGCUAGGCGACCUUCCUGUUCUCGAAGACCUUGAUCUGACGAGCAACGACUUCUCAGGACCCAUUCCCAACUCCUUCUCCGGCCUCCAGACUCUUCAGACCCUGGCGUUGAGUUCCAAUGGCUUCUCAGGACCGCUGCCCAACGUGCUCACCAUCGCCACCAACCUGCAGUCGCUGUCGUUGAGUUUCAACGCGUUUGAGGGCUCCAUUCCCCGCGGCAUCACGCUGCUCUCCACCCUCCGAGUGCUGGAGCUGGCACAUGCGAACAUCUCUGGGGAUUUCCCCUCCAUGGACCGAUGGACCAACCUCGUCGCCCUGGAUCUAUCUUUCGCGAGUGGGCUCCGCGCGGUGCCUCUCUCCCUGGGCUUCCUUACCAACCUCACUAAACUGUCCAUAGAGCGCAGUGGGCUCACAGACACGCUCCCCACGCAGCUGUGCGGCUUGUGGCAGCUGCGACAACUGUCCCUGGCACAUAACGCCAUAUCGGGGGUUCUUCCUGACUGCAUGGGCAACCUGCAGGCACUGGAAUCACUGGAUUUGAGUCACAACAGUCUCGCCUCCAGCCUCCCCACCACCAUUGGCAACCUCCGGCAAAUCACUGCUAUCAAUCUGGCGUUCAACUCGUUUGAGGGGCCGCUGCCUACAAGCCUGCAAGCGCUCUCAUUCCUGCAGCACCUGUCGUUGAGUCACAACGCGUUGACAGGGCCGCUGCUACCCGGGCUGGCUGCAAUCACAGGGCUCACAGCACUGGACAUGAGUGACAACUCCUUCAACGGCUCCCUCCCACUCGAGUUCGCCUCGCUCUCAUCGCUCUCCAUCCUCUCGCUAGCGCGGUCAGGCAUAGCAGGAGCGCUCCCACACCGAUUCAACUACUCCACGCUCCUCCUCCUGGAUCUGAGUGGCAAUCGCCUCAGGGGAGAGCUGCCUCGGGGAUUCUUCCCUGCUCUUAGCCUCCUCAAUCUGGACUCCAACCGGCUAGUGGAUGACGUGGAUUCCUUCUUUGCGCGCGCACACACCCCGCAGCUGCAGUCCUUGCUCCUCGGCAACAACACGCUAUCAGGCUCACUCCCGGACUUCACGUCCGUGUCUCCAGCGCUGUACCUAGCAGCGUUCAAUGGCAACGCCAUCAUGCACACGCCCAAGCAGCUGCUCGCCAACUCCUCCCUGCGCCUCAUCCUAUCAGACAACCCAGUGUGCAUCGACCCAUCACCAGCCUCCCUAGCAGCGUGCUCGCCGCCCUCGCAAGACCAGCUCUCCUGGACAGGCAUCCCCGUAUCAGCAUGCAUCAACACCACGUGCCAGUCCGACGCCCUUGCGCCCUCACCGCCGGUGUAUACGGCGCGUGGUGUGUGUGUGUGCGUGCCGGUGGCUGCUUUGGAUCUGCUGCUGCUCGUGCCGCCGGUUGCGGCAUUCAAUGGGGCGGUUGCGGGGCGCCUGCAGGCUGCUCUUGCCGACGCUGUUGCCAUGCCUCGGGAACAGCUGCGAAUGCACGAGGCGGAGGCGGUGGCGCCAUCACAGCAGAGGGUGCGAGUGCACGUAUACCCGCCUGCUCUCUCCGACCCAGACGCUGCUCUCGCACAGCUCAAGGCGUCGCUGCGCCUGCUGCGCGCCGCACUGCCCAUGCGCCUCGACUUCUUCGGACCCGUGCAGGAGAUGGUGGAGGACCCGCGAGUAGUGAGUCCGCUUGCAGCACUCAACGCAUCCACCACUGCCAACUCCACCACCGACCCCUCAGACUCAUCCACUCUUAGUUCGGCCAUGGUGUGGAUCAUCGUGUCAGCGGUCGUGGGGGCUCUGCUCCUCACCUCCCUGCUGCUCCUGCUCUUCCUCCGUCGCCGCUCACUGGCAGCCUGCAACGAAUGCGAUGAUACCAAGGCCUUUGCUGCGGGAUCCGCCUCCUCCUCCGCCCUGCCCUCCACACACACGUCCGGCCCUCUGCCCGCCCCUUCUGCCACCGCCCCUGGUGGUGUUGGUGCAGCGGGGGGAGCGGCAGGAACAGCGGCAGGGGGACGAGGAACAGGAGGAGGAGGAGGAGGAGGAGGGGAAGGGGAGGGGAAUGGAGGGAUGUCGCUAGUAGAAAGUGUGCGGCAGCAGCUGGUGCGGCCAAUGACCCUGGAAGAGCUCACGGAGGCCACGCAUGGGUUUGCUGAGGAGAGGGAGCUGGGGUCGGGGGCGUAUGGCACGGUGUAUCGGGGAGAGGGCACGGACGGGCAGCAGUGGGCCGUGAAGCGCAGCAAGCUCGUGUCACGGGACACGAUGCAGGUGUUCCGGAAAGAGGUGAGUGUGAUAUCGCAGAUGAGUCACCGGCAUCUGGUGAAGCUGCUGGGGUACUGUGACACGGACAGGGAGCACAUACUCGUCUACGAGUUCGUCCCCAACGGCACCCUCGCCCAGCACCUCCGCCCCAAGCCGGGCGAGCAGUGGGCGGCACUGUCGUUUGGGGAGCGCGUGGACAUAGCACUGGGGACGGCGCAGGCGCUGCAGUACCUGCACUCGUUCGGCACACCCGCCAUCAUUCACCGCGACGUCAAGAGCGAUAACAUCCUGCUCACAGAUACCAUGCAGGCGAAGGUGUCGGACUUUGGGCUGCUCAAGGACAUGGACGAUGCGGAUGCGGCCACGAGCAAGGUGGCGGGCACACCAGGGUACCUAGACCCCGAGUACUACCGCACCUUCAAAGUCACCACCAAGAGUGACGUCUUCAGCUUUGGAGUGGUGCUACUGGAGCUGGUCACAGGGCUGCCACCCACCUUCGCCAACCCCAACAAGGAGACCGAGGGCAUGAUCUCUCUAGCUGAAUGGGCCCUGGCUCGCCUAGGCCCGGACCAUCUAGAGGCGCGGUUAGACAAGGUAGCAGACGUGCGCAUGGAAGGGCAGUACGUGCGGUCAGCGCUGCGCCAGAUGGUGGAGCUGGGCACGCAGUGCGUGCGGUUACUCGGCAAGAACCGCCCCGACAUGCACGAGGUCGUGUGGCGCCUGCAGGAGGUCCAGCAGGACAUGGCGCUCGCAAGAGGACAAACGGCGCCGCCCCGCAGCCGGAGCGACAUGGAUGCGGAAGAGGCGAUGGCGUAUGGGUCGUUCCCGACCACGUGGAUUGGAGUGGGGUCGCGGUCACAUGUGGAGGUGGGGGGAGCAGAAGCAGCAGCGGGGGGGAGUGGGGUUGUUGCAGGGGUGGCCGAGCAGCGGGAGAUAGGGGAGUGGGGCAGCGGCAGGGCGUCUAUGCAGAACCCGCAGCUGUUUGUGAAGCUCGGGGGUGGUGGGGGCGGUGGGAAUGGUGUGGAGGGACAAGUAGCAGUGGACAAAAGGGGUGGGAGUAGGCAGGGGAGUGGGGUGACGGGGUCGGGUGGAGGGAGGGGAGUGAGCAGCAGCGGCAGUGGCAGUGGCAGUGGCAGUGGAGUGAUGAUGGAUAUGCGCUCAUCUUCCUCUGCAUCCAUGUACAUGCCUGUGCCUACCGAUGCAGCCAUGCCAGGCAGUAAGGGCCCCGCUAGGCCAUGGGGUGCCUGA